CUUAUUACACUUUUUGAUGCCCUGUCGAAAAGUUCAUUUGAUUUGUUUAUUUUUAUGAUUUAGUUGUUUGUUGAUUUUAUUUUUUGUCGCUUUGUUGGUUGUUCUUAAAAACAUGUCUAGGCAGUUGAGUUGGAAAGAAUUUUCACCGAUUACACUGCUGGCUGACGAAACUUCCAAAGAAAUUACCGAAGAGCCAACACAGCAGUCACUUGUACAACCCAAACUGAAUUUCUUGCAACAGUUUGUCGAUCAGCCGGACGAAGAUAAUGUGGAUACAUCCAGCAAGGAUUAUCUGGAUAAUUUGGAUUCAUUCAACGAUGGCCGACUCUCAGAGGAUGCUUCAACUGACUUCGAAACUGGGGAUGACUCCACCGACACCAGCGACGGCGCAUCCUCCGCCGAUACCGAGGUCCUCCAGAAAACCAGGAAAUCAAUCUCGAAAUUGGCCUACCAGAAGAGGAAAAGUGUUAAGUCAAUUGUGUCGAAAAAAGCUACCAAAAAGAACAUUAAGACAAAAGCUCUGCUAAAAAUUGCCAAAAAAUCUCCAAAGCCAAAGAAAAAGUUGUCACAAUUCGCAGAUAGAUCAACUGUGAAUAAUGAUGACGUGCACAGUUCUUCGAGGAUUAGCCGAGUCAGCGGACGAUCUAUUUCAGUGGACGGCCCAUAUCGUUCGCAUUCGGUGGGCAACCAACUCCCAGAUCACAGCUCAUCGCUACAUCUCUUUAAGGUGAUCAAGCACUCCGAGCCGGUAAGAAGUUCACGCAAGAAGAAGAAGAUUGUUACCCAUUCGGAUGACGGCUCCUCCUCAAACUCGACUUUGUCUAUUCCGUCGAUGCUACGGGGUGACGAAAUCUACGUGCGGAACGAGCUGAUGGCGAAUCUGGUGCCCAUACCCGACAUCAAUGAGCUAUCCGGAGCCAGUAGCUUCCAUUCGAUAGCUGCGCAAAAGAAGCUGGAUAAGCCCACUGGCAAAACUAAACCGCCGAGAGCGUAUGACAUAUCCACUUCCGAUGAGUACGAUGCACAGAGCGUCUAUGCUGAAAGCGUAGGCCGUGCGACAGUGAGCUCGAAGACAACGGGACUAUACACCGGCUUUUCAUCACUGAACAGUUUGAGUAGUAGCGAUGAAGUCAAUGUGAUUGAGCCGCGGCCAAAAUCGGUUAUGAUCGCUGAUAUGUCGAGGAGACUAACAUACUCAACAAGUCAAAAUAGCAUGCACUGCAUAAUAGACCCCGAUCCCAGCACACAGCAAACUGAAAUCCUCGAAUCGUUCCUACAAGAGCUGAUCAGUCGAGCUGUCACAACGGUCGAGGACAAAGUUUAUCAGCUCCAACACUCCCUGGACAAGGAGAAACUGAUGAAGCAGCUCAUUGCCUGCAUAACCCAAUUCCGAGGUGUGGCCUGCAAAAGGCGUGCUUUGGAAGCAAGCUUGAAGGAUCACUUCCUGCGCAGGAAGGAAAUGACUUAUAUUACAGUUGAGAAUAAAUUCGAUAAGCUCAACUACAAGCGCUGGCGAAAGUCCCUCUUCCAGCUUGAUCGACUGCUUGAGAUCCAGAACAAGACGCUGGACCAGGCCCACAAUCAGUCGAACAAGUUGAACGAGGAGCUUGAGGCGACCCGCAUGGACUCCGCCCUCAAGGUAGUGCACUUGGAGCACGUUAUUCGAAACACUCUGCUAACCAAAGACAGUUCUACCCAUUUGUCCAUCUAUGUGGACGACACUUUGCGUCGGAUGGCCGCCUUUAGAGAGGAAUUGUCCGAAAUGCGAUUGGAGCUGCUCAACACUCAGCAUCGAUCUGCUGAUAUUCAAAAUAAAUCCGAUAAGCUCGAGAAUCUUGGCGGUGGACUCAAAAUGCAGGAUUAUCUAAACCAGCAGACAGAGACCCUUGCGCUGAGCACUAAAAUCGAAGAUCGCAAUAAGGAACUGCAUCGCCUUCAUCAGAAAAUCAAGUUUAAUAUGCAUGCGCUGGCCCAUCACAAGUGCAAGGCAUUCAUGGAGCGCUGGAACUACCUCCGCCUGAAAGACCAGAUGAGGAAAAGCGAACAGAAAAGAGCCCAGUGUCAGAAGCUCAUCUACCUGGGCAAGCUGACGCAUAGUAGAAUUCAACGGGAUCUGCACAAGCUGAAAACUUCUGGCCCACUGCUAUUCCAUCCACCUCUAAUGGCAGACUACGACGACACCUUAGUGUUUCUGGAGAAGAAGCGGUCAUCAAUUGCGAAGCUUCGCGAGGACUUGGCGCGGCUGACUGAACGCAUUGGCGUAGCGGAGCUAAGGCUGGCAGAGGACAAAGAGGAUUUACGAAUAUCAAGGUCAUUAACAAAGACAGGCACAGCAAAGAAAGCCGCAUUUGUUGUAACUGGACAAUGUGUUUUAUAAAUACAUUUAAGAAAGAUUCCUAA